UCCUAGCAUGAGAGGAAGAUGCUCGGAGAGAGAGAGGAAGAUGCUCGGAGAGAGAGAGGAAGAUGCUCGGAGAGAGAGAGGAAGUGGCGCGGAUAGAGAGAGGAAGAGGUACGGAGAGAGAGAGGAGAAGGCACGGAGAGAGAGAGAGGAAGAGGCACUGAGAGAGAGAGAGGAAGAGGCACGGAGAGAGAGAGAGGAAGAGGCGCGGAGAGAGAGAGGAAGAGGCGCGGAGAUAGAGAGGAAGAGGUGCGGAGAGAGAGAGAGGAAGAGGCGCGGAGAGAGAGAGGGAGAGGAAGAGGUGCAGAGAGAGAGAGAGGAAGAUUCGAAGAGAGAGAGAGAGGGAGAGGCGUGGAGAGAGAGAGGAAGAGGUGCAUAAACGAAGGGAGAGGUGAUGAUGGGGGAG